AGAAGCCGCAGCAUGCUCAUGGUACAAACAGUUGCUAGCCCCGCUUCCUCGAGACAACAUACCGAUAUACUGCGUAGGAAUGAACUACAGGAGUCAUGCUAAAGAGGCAAAGCUUCCGAUCCCUUCACACCCGCCACUUUGGACGAAACCCGCAGCGUCCCUGGCACAUCCCGAGGAAGAAAUUCCAGUGAAUGAUUUCUGUGCCAAAAGCCUGCUCGAUUAUGAGGGUGAGCUGGUCUUUGUCACUUCGGAAGAGUGCCGCAAUGUGUCACCGAAGGAAGCCAGGAACUAUAUCCUAGGCUAUACGGUGGGGAACGAUCUAUCAUGCCGCAUGUUCCAACUUCCAAAGAACUCCGGAGGACAGUUUUUUUUUGCCAAAGCAUUCGACCGGUUCGCGCCAAUCGGCCCCACCCUUAUCAGCCCAGAGCUUUUUGAAGCACAUCAUUUUGAUUUUAUCACUAAGGUAAACGGUGAAGUGCGUCAAAAUUCCGAUCUCGAAAAUGAUAUGAUAUUUGCUCCGGAGCGAAUACUUAGUCACAUGAGUCAAGGUACCACUAUCCCAGCAGGGACGGCAGUGAUGACUGGUACCCCAAAAGGAGUUGGAGCUUUUCUUAGGCCUAAAGUAUUUUUGAAAGAUGGCGAUGUUGUUGAAGUUAAGAUGAAAAAGGUCGGAACCUUAAGGAAUAAGAUUCAUUUUGAGUAA